ACGACGCAUCAGCUGUUAGGCCCUUCAUGUGGCACCUGUUGCCGAGAGCUGACAUCACCGCGGGAGAGGCCCCUCUGUGGACAUUUAGACCCUGGAAAGCCACAGCUGUGAGCACAGCUCUCCCCCGUCCAGUUCCAGUGGGAGCCGGGGACUCCGCCUUGGACUUUGCCAGCCCCAUCCGUCCCCCUCGCCCUCUCCCUCCUCACUCUCUUUUUCCCUCUCCCUAGUCCUCGCCUUCUCCCUCUCCUUCUCUCUCUUCCAGGGAUUGUGACUUCCGCCCACUGCCCGCCUCUCGCCCACGGGCUUUCCCUCGAUGGGGACGCUCGUUGCCAAGCUGCUCCUCCCCACCCUCAGCAGUCUGGUGUUCGUCCCGACCGCCAGCAUCGCGGCCAGAAGGCAGUUCCAUAUGGAAGCCAUGGUCUACGUCUUCACCAUGUUCUUCGUGGCGAUAUACCACGCUUGUGAUGGGCCAGGCUUAUCGGUGCUGUGUUUCAUGCGCUACGACAUCCUGGAGUACUUCAGCAUCUAUGGGACGGUGCUGUCCAUGUGGGUCUCACUGAUGGCCCUGGCUGACUUUGACGAGCCCAAGAGAUCGACCUUCGUCAUGUUUGGCGUCUUGACCAUCGCGGUGAGGAUCUACCACGACCGGUGGGGCUACGGUGUGUACUCCGGACCCAUCGGCACUGCCGUUCUCAUUAUCACUGCCAAGUGGCUGCAGAAGAUGAAAGAAAAGAAAGGUCUGUACCCCGAUAUGAGCGUCUAUACCCAGCAGAUCGGGCCCGGCUUCUGCUUUGGGGCAUUGGCCUUGAUGCUGAGGUUUCACUUUGAGGAGUGGGACUACACGUACGUCCACAGUUUCUACCACUGUGCCCUGGCCAUGUCCUUCGUGCUCCUGCUGCCCAAGGUGAACAAGAAAGCCGGCAAUGCGGGAACCCCUGCCAAAUUGGACUGCUCCACCCUUUGCUGUUCCUGUGUGUGAGAAGUGUCCCUCGCAACCACCGGUCCCAGCGAUCGAGACAAGGCAGUGGCUGCUGCAUCCUUCCCUCUUUGUCCCCUGAUUCCCGGAGAAGACACAGUCGCGGGCUUUUUGUUCUUGGGGGAAAAUUUUCUUCCUCCCCAGAACCCAGGUGGCCAAAAUUUGCGGGACUCCCUGGAGAAAUCACAGAAUCCAAAAGCUGGAAAGGAUCCCCGGGUGUCAUCUAGCCUAUCCCUCUGCCUCCGUGCAAGAUGGUUUCCUUAACCAUACUAAACGGAUGGUGGCAUGAAGGAGGGUCAGGGGAGAAAUGGGAUGGUGGGGGGGAUGGACUUCUUUCCCAUUCUUAAACAUUCUUAGGGAAGGAGAUUCUCCAUUUCUGCUCAGUCACCCACUUAGGAUUUCACCUUCCCAACAGAGAAGUUCUUGAUCCUAGUUAACCUAAAUCUCUCCUGCUUUCCUGCCUCUCCUCUCAUGAAGAUAGUUCUAGAGGCCACCAGCCUUCAACAGUCUCCCCGCUCUCUCCCUGGCCGCCUGGCCUGUGGGAAUUAAUAGUAAUAAUAGUUAACAUUAUUAUUAUUAUGGUACU